UCUCCCUGCAAUGGACCUUUAGCACAAUAUCUUUCAUGCAGAUGUUGUCCUGUAUUGUAACCAAAUAUAAGCUGUUUUGUGUCAAAGACUUUAGAAAUAACGAAAAUGGACAGUAUUAAUACAGUAACCCAGAUAAACUGGCACUCAAAACCGGAGAAAAGUGAUGAUGAUCAGUCAACGUCAAGUUCACAGGUUGUUUGUGGAGGAUGUCGAAAGAAACUCCGGAGUUUGAUACCGGUGAAUUAUAAAGAAGAAAUUGUAGAGCUGCUAAAACUGGCUGGACCAGUGUUUAUAUCUCAGCUGAUGAUCUUUCUGAUCAGCUUUAUCAGCACUGUGUUCUGUGGACACUUGGGGAAAACUGAACUGGCCGCUGUGGCUCUGGCUAUUGCUGUUAUUAAUGUGACCGGCAUCUCCAUCGGCUCUGGAUUGGCAUCUGCAUGCGAUACACUCAUCUCUCAGACGUUUGGCAGUAAUAAUCUGAAGCGGGUGGGUGUGAUACUGCAGAGAGGGAUUCUCAUCCUCCUGUUGGCCUGUUUCCCCUGCUGGGCGCUGCUCAUCAACACCGAGCCCAUCCUGCUGGCUGUCCGACAGAGUCCCAGUGUGGCCAGUCUGUCACAACUCUAUGUAAAAAUAUUCAUGCCUGCUCUGCCUGCAGCCUUUAUGUAUCAGCUGCAAGGACGGUAUCUUCAAAAUCAGGGUAUUAUUUGGCCUCAGGUCAUCACAGGAGCAGCAGGAAACAUCCUCAAUGCUUUAAUAAACUACAUCUUCCUUCAUCUGCUUGAUCUUGGUGUGCCAGGAUCUGCUGCUGCAAACACUAUUUCCCAGUUUUCCUUAGCUGUGUUUCUCUACGUAUACAUCCGCUGGAAGGACCUGCAUAAAGCCACAUGGGAUGGCUGGUCUCUUGACUGUCUACAGGAAUGGGGUGCCUUCAUUCGCUUGGCUUUUCCCAGCAUGCUCAUGCUAUGUGUGGAGUGGUGGACAUAUGAGAUUGGUGGAUUCCUAGCAGGGCUCAUCAGUGAGACUGAGCUAGGAGCCCAAUCUAUUGUGUAUGAGCUGGCCACUAUUGCAUAUAUGUUUCCACUGGGAUUUGCUGUGGCAGCCAGUGUGAGGGUGGGAAAUGCACUCGGAGCUGGAAACACAGAACAAGCCAAGCUGUCUGCCAAAGUAUCUUUAGCCUGUGGACUGCUUGUUUCGUGUGUGGUUGCAACCUUAAUUGGAAGUACAAAAGAUAUUAUUGGAUACAUCUUUACCACAGAAGAGGAGAUAGUGCUCAGAGUAUCAGAGGUCAUGAUCAUGUAUGGCUUCUUUCAUUUAUUUGAUGCCAUUGCGGGCAUUACAGGUGGCAUUGUCAGAGGUGCUGGAAAGCAGCUGCUCGGUGCUCUUUGUAAUAUUGUGGGAUAUUAUUUUGUGGGAUUCCCAACUGGAGUGUCUCUGAUGUUUGCUCUCAGCAUGGGCAUAAUCGGUCUGUGGAUUGGGUUUUUUGGAUGUGUUUUCCUGCAGUCUUUGUUCUUUAUCAUCCUCAUUUGCAAAUUGGAUUGGAAAAAAGCGACUCAAGAGGCCUUGAUCAGAGCAGGUGUACAAGCCCCUAAGACUAAAGAUGAAUCUUACGCUAUGGAAAAUAAGGGCUGCACAGAAGAAGUACCACAGGAAUCCCAGCACAAUGAAGAAGGCCAAACAGAUGCAAACACAGAUGUGGAAGGGCUCCGUGAAGGAGGAGGAAUAACAGAUGCUGGCACAAAGAUCGCAGUUGGCGCGGUUUUGACCACCAAACAGCUCGUUAUCCGUCGAGGACUUGCGGUUUUCUUCAUGCUGCUUAUACUAGCUGGAGGGAUUGUGUUAAAUGAGGUGCUCACUGGAUUUCUGAGAUGAGCAUAAUAAAUACAGAGCUUUGUCUGCAAUCCAAUUUUUUUUUUUUUAGAAAAUCCACCAUUGACUGGGCCACCUAAGCAAAGUUAAUAGUAUUUAGGUAGAUGAUUAUGUUUUGUUUCUUUUUUUAAUUCCAAGCAGCCUUUUUGUAAUCUCUGGUAUUAGAUGUGUUAAAUGUGUCAUGGACUUGCACUGUGAAAGUAAAACAUUUCUGGAAGUGAUGUUUUUUGAAUUUCAAGAUAAGCUGUAAUGGUUACUUGACAUGUAUUUUUAAUUUAUUGUCAGUAUUGGGUUUGUUUGUCAAGCACAUUUCCGCUGAAGACCAUUUUU